ACAAUCCAUUUCUUUCAACUGUGUCAUCACAUUCUUAAGCAACUUACAUCAUGUUAAUUUUAUUUUUGAUCUUGCAUCAAAGCUCAGAAAAGUUGGUCCUAGUUUCUCAAGCUUAUUUCUGUGUUUCCCCUUAAUUUGAAUCAAGCAUGCUGGACCAAUUAUUUUUGAGAAGUCAGAAGUCAGUGACUGUUUAACUUGUACUUGUUAUUAUGAAGUUUCUGCUGCCAGUUUUAUUGUAGUUGUUAUAGCCUAUUGAGAACAAUGGCAGCAAUAAGACACUCGCUGCAGAAAGAAGUGUGCGACCCAGUGGAAGAACAACUCUUGGGUCUCCUGCACGUCACAAAGCCUGGCAAGAAGAAGAAGACAAGUUUCUUGUGUGCAGUCAUUUCCAAAGAAAAGCCCAUAAAUGCUGCAGUACAUCAAGUCAAGAAAACUGAUAAAGAUUCAUUCAAGAAAAAAAAUUCGUGGCAUCUUAGAGAACUUCUAGUUGUCGAUGGACUAAGUGAGCACAUAGAGACGGCUGAGCUGGAGCUCACAUUCGAGAGGGUGUACCGGUGGACAGCCAGCAGUGCUCCAGACAAGUCUUCCUUCAUUCAGAUACUCUGGAGACUCUGCUGCUUGUACCUUCCUAAACAGAAACCCCAGUUUGUGAACAUUCCUAAGGAAUUGUUAGUUCAGGAGCCCAGUCACCUCAGUCUAGACGCUUCGAUAAUCACAGCAGGCACUGAUGGAGGGCUGAGCCCCGAAGCUCCUUCCUUAGAUGGUAGUUUAAGUGGACCUUAUAUUUCCGUGUCGGAACGAGAGCAGCGUGACCUGCAAGAACUGAUGACGCAGUGCGACUCUGCGGUGUCGAAUGCUGAGGCUUUUGCUCAGCAGCUGGCCCAGGACCUCAGUGUAUUGGAUGGAGCCAACAUACAUAGCAUGAUGGCCAGCGAGGCACAAGUCGAUGCUCUCCUCACUAUGAUUGAUUCUGCUCUGAACGAGGCCGGUAAAAUAGAAAGUCGAUUGGAUGCUUACGAUGCCAUUCUUGUACAUGUGCGGGACACUAUUGCGAAGAUGGCUGAUAAGAGUUCCAGUAUGCAAUUUGCCAAUGAAAACAAUACCAAGUUAUUGGCUGAACUUCAACAACUUGUUUCUGAUCUAGAGUUGUCAUCCGCCCAGGAAAAUUUGUUGAAAUCUGCCGAUCUGAAUGAUCGCGAAGCACUUCCUCGAAUUAUAGAAGCUGCAUCGGCUUUGCAAGACGCGAUAUCAGCUCCUCUGCCUCCACAUCUGCAUUAUAUGACUGCUGUCAAGGAGCAAAAGAAAAAGAUGGAAAAAUUACGAACUCGCUUCUGUCAACUUGUAAACCGGCAUUUGAAUAAUUUAUUUAUCCACUUGGGCAAUGACCCUGGCCUUCUAGGUGGUACCUUGACUACAUCGACCAACACAGGCCCGUUGGUGCUGCCUCGCCAUUCCCACAUACACGAAGAGCUCACGCCAUACACGCCGCUCAUGCACUGGGUACGUGCAAUGGACGACAGGUCGUACCAACAUCUCACCAGGACCUACUGCUCAGCCAUCAGCAAGGUGUACGAGCGCGAGGUGCGCAUGUUCUUCGAAGAGGCGCGGACGAGGGUAGUCGCUGGCAAGAAACUUCGUGGCGUGAGCGGCAACAGCAACCCUGACCUAUCGCAGCCCAGUAGCGGUCAGGGUGUGGCAGGGAAACUAACUUCACAGCUAAAGCAACAGGCUGCCACGAGUCUCGGUGCCACACGCACCACCACCGCCAGUGGGGGUAGACUGCUGGGCGUAGAUAAGGAUCAAUGGGGAGCAGAACUCGAGAUGUCAGAACGUCACAAGUUUGAUGAUAUGUUCGAGAGCAUUUUGUCUGAGCUAGAGCCUGUAUGUCUCUCAGAGCAAGAGUUUUGCAUAGCUUUCUUCAAUCUAAACGCCGGCUGUGCUUCAGUUGAUAGUUCUGAGUUGAGUACGCCUGUAUCAAAUCCUAGUGAUACCGCAAGCGUUGGGGGUGACAGCAGCAACGGCAGCGGUGGUGCAACGACGGAAGGCCAAACAGGCAAAUGCGGCGCUAUGAAUAAGGCUGUCAGAACUAUGAUGGCUGGUCUCUUCCCAACGUUGGAACAACAGCUUACUUCAUUCAUCAACGCUUUCGACCGUGCUGACUCUUAUUGUUGUCUGUACAUUUACGUCCGUCUGUCUGGACACGUCCUCAGAGCCGAAGACACUGGAUCUUUUCUGAGCCUCACCUUCGGAUCUGCUUUGGUUCAGAGUAAACGCAAUUUUGAUCGUUUCAUGCAGUCCCAACUCACGAGUAUCGUAGAGUGUAAAGUAACGAAAAAGAAGUGCGGUAUCCUCCCAUUUGUCACCAAUUUCGAAGAGUUUGCUCGCACAUGCGAGUAUGUAUUCAAGCGCAGUGAACGACGGACUGAUCUGGAGCGCUGGAAUAACAGACUGUUAUCUGCAAUGCUUGACACGAUACCUCGCGUGGCUCAUGAGCAUCCCAGAGGACCGCCUGAGGUAAUAAAGAUGGAGAACUAUCACGUGCUGCAGCAGGUCGUUGCUCAACUGAAACUGCCCUCCACCGAACAGUUGCGUAAGGACGCCAAGAUUCGAUACCAAGAAGCACUCAACGCCUACGUCAUCAGGUACUUCGGGCGACCGCUCGAAAAACUGAACAUCUUCUUCGAAGGCGUCGCUGCGAAGGUGGCCUGCGGUGUGCGGGAGUCAGAAGUUGGCUACCAGCUGGCAUUCAGUAAGCAGGAGCUGCGCAAGGUAAUUAAAGACUAUCCUGGUCGGGAGGUCAAGAAGGGACUGGAGCAGCUCUACAAGAAGGUGGAGAAGCACCUGUGUGAGGAGGGCAAUCUGCUGCAAGUGGUGUGGCGGGCGAUGCAAGAAGAGUUCAUCAGGCAAUACAAAGCCAUCGAGGAGCUCACUCAACGAUGUUAUCCUGACGCCCAGAUAUGUUUAGACUUCACCAUCAACGACAUCCUUGCUUAUUUCAGUGACAUUGCGCAGUCGCAUUAGUCACUUCAUUCAACAACUAAUUCUUAGGACUCAGAGCGCUUAUGUAUUCGAUAUUUACCAAAAUUUUCUGAUAGCGCAAAACAAACUUGAAGUUUUGCUUGCCUGUAAUUCAUGCACGACAUUUUUUAUUGUUAACAAUAACGAUUGGUCUUGUAUAUCCAUAGGUCCAUCGUUCCUUGCCUUACUUUUAGCUUUUUUGUCAGAGGGAAUAUAUUUUUGUUCGCCUAUUAGUGUUGAAAUUAUCGUCUAUUUCAAUUCUUCGAACCGUGUGUGUUUGUUUUGAAAGUUAGAAUAACGUCUACUAUUAAUUUAAAUAUUUAUUCGUUAGGAAACAUUCAUGCGCUCUAAUUGAAACUGGCCAUUGACCUCGACCCUUCAUAAUAUCAUACAUCAGAAGUGCAGUGUUCGUACGGGUGUUGCCAGAAUGAAGAGUGAGAAAUUGUUCACAUCGACCGGCGCCCAUUCUUAAAACUCAGCCAGUGCUCGUGUCUCUAGGAGGCCAUCGUUUCAAAGGAAAAAUCAUUGUGCAGCUUCAGAAACCCAGUUCAGUGCUAUUUAUUUGAGCUUUGCAUCUUCUGUUGACGUAGA